GCUCCGUGUGCUGGGUAGGACAAGGAGCUCUCACCUUCUCCCCACCCCCUGAAGCCUCUUGGUUGCUCUAAGGAGGAUGCGGGUGGGAUUCUGCUACUCUGGCCCUCCCAGAGCUUCCAUUUCUUCAUCCUUCCUCUCUUGUGACUAGCGAGAUUGUGGCUGGAGCAGCAGGUGCUGAGUGGGGGACUUUUGGUGUUUCAGAUGCUGGUGACCUUCGAGGAGGUGGCUGUGUAUUUCACCCAGGGGCAGGGGGCUCUGCUGGACCCCGCUCAGAGAGCCCUCUACAGGGAUGUCAUGCAGGAGAACUACGAGACGGUGACCUCGCUGGGAUUCCCCUUUCCCAAACCUGAGCUGAUUGCCCGGCUGGAACGAGGGGAAGAGCCGUGGGUGUCCGAUCUCCAGGACUGCAAGGAAAGAAGGCUUCCGAGAUGCACCCGUACAGCAGAUGCUGAGCGAGGGAGUGAGAAUGAGGAGGGGAAUCAUUAUGAGGAAGUUCCCGGGGAAGUGGAACUGCAGGGAACCUUUGUGGGAAGAGCUGAAGGGAAUUUUUCCCAGUGCUUGGAGCAGGAAGAAGGCUGGGGAAACUGGCAGAGGUCAGAGAGGCUUCUGGAAAACCACCGAGGGAAGAGAGUGGAUGAAUCUAUUAAUGUCGGGGAAGGAGACAAGGAUCCCAGAGCACAGCAGACAAAUCCCAAGGAAGAGACACCUGGGCACUACCCUCAGUGUGGGAAAGAAUUCAUUGUGAGAUCACAGCUUGUGACACAUCAGAAAAUCUGUGCUGGAGAGAAACCCUUUCAAUGCUUGGAUGAUGGGAAAAGCUUCAAUGAGCUCUCAGAUCUUAAUAACCAUGGCAGCAGCCACACUGGAGAGAAAACCUGUCAAUCCCUUGAGUGGGGGAAAUGUUUCAUUUCGAAGACACAAAUAAUUAGACAUCAGGCAAUCCACACAGGAGAGAGACCCCACAAGUGCUUGGACUGUGGGAAAAGUUUCAUAGAAAGGUCAGACCUUGCUCAACAUCAGGCAAUCCACACAGGAGAAAGGCCCCACAAGUGCUUGGACUGUGGUAAAAGUUACAUAAGAAAGUCAAACCUUGUUAAACAUCAGGCAUUCCACACAGGAGCGAGACCCCAUAAGUGCUUGGACUGUGGGAAAAGUUUCACGGAGAGGUCGAACCUUGUUCAACAUCAGGCAAUCCACACACGAGAGAGACCCCACACAUGCUUGGACUGUGGGAAAAGUUUCAUAAGAAGGUCACACCUAGUUCGUCAUCAGGCAAUCCACACAGGAGAGAGACCCCACAAGUGCUUGGAUUGUGGGAAAAGUUUCAUAAGAAGGUCACACCUAGUUCGUCAUCAGGCAAUCCACACAGGAGUGAGACCCCAUAAGUGCUUGGACUGUGGGAAAAGUUUCAUACAAAGGUCAGACCUUGUUCAACAUCAGGCAAUCCACACAGGAGAAAGAUCCCACAAGUGCUUGAACUGUGGGAAAAGUUUCAUACAAAGGUCAGACCUUGUUCAACAUCAGGCAAUCCACACAGGAGAAAGACCCCACAAGUGCUUGAACUGUGGGAAAAGCUUUGUACAGAGGUCACACCUAGUUCGCCAUCAGGCAAUCCACACAGGAGAAAGACCCCACAAGUGCUUGGACUGUGAGAAAAGUUUCAUAGAAAGGUCAGACCUUGCUCAACAUCAGGCAAUCCACACAGGAGAAAGGCCCCACAAGUGCUUGGACUGUGGGAAAUGUUUCAUACAGAGGUCACACCUAGUUCGCCAUCAGGCAUUACACACAGGAUCGAGACCCCAUAAGUGCUUGGACUGUGGGAAAAGUUUCAUACAAAUGUCAAACCUUGUCGAACAUCAGGCUGUCCACACAGGAGAAAGACCCCACAAGUGCUUGGACUGUGGGAAAAGUUUUAUAAGAAGGUCACACCUUGUUAAACAUCAGGCAUUUCACACAGGAGAGAGACCCCAUAUGUGCUUGGACUGUGGGAAAAGUUUCAUACAAAGGUCAGACCUUGUUCAGCAUCAGGCAAUCCACACAGGAGAGAGACCCCCACAAGUGCUUUGACUGUGGGAAAAGUUUCAUACAAAGGUCAGACCUUGUUAAUCAUCAGGCAUUACACACAGGAGAAAGACCUCACAAGUGGUUGGGCUGUGGGAAAAGUUUCAUAUGGAGCUCUGUCCUCAUUAAGCAUGGAAGAAUCCACAUAGGAUCUAGACUUCUUUGACACAUGGCAAAGAAGGGUUAAGCAAUUUACAUGUAAUUGAUUCAGGGUCAAAAUUAUAGAGAGAUUUUAAAAGUGUGUCCACUUUAGAUAAGCUAGAGUUUGAAAUGUAAAUGUGUAUUUUUAAAGACUUGGAAGAAGAGGGCAAGUCACGUAUGAGUAACCUAAUUGCCGUCUAUGAUGAGAUAACUGGCUCUGUCGAAGAGGGAAAAGUAGUGGAUGUGUUAUUCCUUAAUUUUAGCAAAGCUUUUGAUAUGAUCUCCUACAAUAUACUUGCCAGCAAGUUAAAGAAGUAUAGGCUGGAUGAAUGGACUAUAAGGUGGGUGGAAUGCUGGCUAGAUGACUGGCUCAAGGGGUAGUGAUGAAUGGCUCCAUGUCUAGUUGGCAGCUGGUAUCAAGCAGAGUGCCCCAGGGGUCAGUCCUGAGUCCGGUUUUGUUCAGUAUCUUCAUUAAUGAUUUGGAGGAUGAGGUGGACUGCACCCUCAGCAAGUUUGCAGAUGACACUAAACUGGGAGGAGUGGUAGAUAUGCUGGAGGGUAGGGAUAGGAUACAGAGGGACGAAGACAAAUUAGAGGAUUGGGCCAAAAUAAAUCUGUACAGGUUCAACAAGGAUAAGUGCAGAUUCAUGCUCUUAGGAUGAAAGAAUCUCAUUCACUGCUACAGACUAGGGACUGAAGCACCCAGCAGCUGUUCUGCAAAAAAGGACCUGGGGUUACAGUGGAUGAGAAGUGGAUAUAAGUCAACAGUGUCCCCUUGUUGCCAAGAAAGCUAACGUCAUUUUGGGCUGUACAAGUAGGGGCAUUGCCAGCAGAUCGAGGGACAUAAUCAUUCCACUCUAUUCAAAAUUGGUGAGGCCUCAUCUAUAAUAUUGUGUUCAGUUUGUGGCCCCACACUAUAAGAAGGAUGUGGAAAAAUUGGAAAAAGUCCAGUGGAGGGCAACAAAAAUGAUUAGGGGGCUGGAGCACAUGACUUAGGAGGAGAGGCUGAGAGAACGGGGUUUGUUUAGACUACAGAAGAGAAGAAUGAUGGGGUAUUUGGUAGCUGCUUUCAACUACCUGAAAGGGGGUUCCAAAGAGCAUGGACCUAGACUGUUCUCAGUGGUACCAGAUGACAGAACAAGGAGUAAUGGUCUCCAGUUGCAGUUGGGAAAGUUUAGGUUGGAUAUUAGGAAAAACUUUUUCACUAGGAGGGUGGUGAUGCACUGUAAUGGGUUACCUAGGGAGGUGGUGGAAUCUCCUUUCUUAGAGGUUUUUAAGGUCAGGCUUGACAAAGCCCUGUCUGGGAUGAUUUAUUUGGGGAUUGGUCAUUCUUUAAGCAGGGGAUUGGACUAGAUGACCUCCUGAGGUCUCUUCCAACCCUGAUAUUCUAUGAUUCUAAGAGGGGUAAGUGUAGUAGUCUCUAUUUAGCUAUCCAAAGUGUUCCUGUAUUCUGUUAAUUCAUGGAUUAAUAAUUCAGUGAUUAUACCUGUCGCCCAUGCCACCUGCCCAAUUCCAGCUCAAUCUCAUUGAAUUCGCUCGGGGUAGGGGCUGAAGGAUGGAGGGAAUGUUUAUAGCUGAAAUUAUCAAAAUGUGUUUUGAAAGGCUAAUGUUAAUCGGAUCUGUUCCGCUCUCCUUCUCGGACAUUUUCUCUGGGGAUCCCGGAGGCAGAAAGGAGCAGGUGUUACCAUCUUGGCUACCAAUCCCCACGGUGACUCUAUGCACUAGUAAUUCUCCAAGUGUGGGUAGAGCUCCCAAAGUAGGCACAGGAAUGUGUCAAGGGAGGCAUGAUCAGUGUGGGUUGUUUGGGUUUUUUUUAAAGAGCACUGGCUGUCGGCCCCAGUUGGCUGGGGCUCAUGAGGAAGGAACAGGCCUAGCUGGGAGUUGUGGAUCAAUGCUCAGGCUCUCAAACCCAGGUGGAGCAGCAGCACAGAAGUAGGGGUGGCAAUGGGGUGAUAAGUCUGUUGUGAACAGCGAUAUUGACGAAUAUCACUUUUCACGUGGCCACCCUAACUUCUGUGCUGCUAUUGGAGACCUUCAGAGCUGUGCACAUCGCCAGCAACUACUCUGCCUUUAGAGCUGGGUGGUGAGAUAUGUUCUUUUAAGGGUGGGGGCCUAUAUAACCACAGACACAAAGAAGGGAAGGGAAAUGAAACACAUCUGAGAACCACUGGUCUACACUCUUAUGGGCACCACUGUGUCGAACUGGGACUGUUCUUACUGUGGUCUGUGAAUGCUGACAGGGGAGUGUGGCUAAGAUAGUCUGCAUUGGGGGAUGGUAGACUGCCCGGAGGGAAUACCUGAGCGUGUAACAUUAGAACCCAGGAAGGGGUUGGAGGCCAGGUGACACCUUGGCCCGGGAAACUGAACAAAGGCUGUGGGAGGGGUCGCUGAAGGCAGAGUGCUGGAAGCGGGCUGGAAAGAUGGCUGGGAGGCAGAGAUGGCUCUGACCCCCCAAAGGGGGGUGGGCUGGGAUGCCCUGGGACCCUAAGCUGGACCUAACUGAGGGGGGCCCUGUUGUCUGUGCCUGCAAGACCUGUCUUGUACUGUAUUCCUGUCAUCCAAAUAAACCUUCUGCUUUA